UUGGGAGAAUGGACAAAGUCUGUGAGAUGAAAUACAAAAUGAUGUACAGCCCUCUGGGGAAGAUCGAGAUCUCUGGUUGUGAGCAGGGCCUGCAUGGGAUUAAGCUGCACGGCAGGAAGAGCCCCGACACUGACCCCGUAGAGGCCCCUGCUCCUCCUGAGCCUCUCGGUAGUCCAGAGGACAUGGCGGAGCCCCUGAUGCAGUGCACAGCCUGGCUGGAUGCCUACUUCCACGAGCCUGCGGUCCUCAAAGAACUCCCCUUGCCUGCUCUUCACCAUCCCAUUUUCCAGCAAGAUUCAUUCACCAGACAGGUGUUAUGGAAGCUGCUGAAGGUUGUGAAAUUCGGAGAAGUGGUUUCUUACCAACAGUUAGCAGCCCUAGCAGGCAACCCCAAAGCCGCGCGGGCGGUGGGAGGAGCAAUGAGAAGCAAUCCUGUCCCCAUCCUCAUCCCGUGCCACAGAGUGGUCUGCAGCAGCGGAGCCGUGGGCAACUACUCCGGAGGACUGGGCGUGAAGGAAUGGCUUCUGGCCCACGAAGGCAGCCUGGUGGAGAGGCCGAGCCGUGGAGGGGGCUCCCGUCUGGCCAGAUCCUGGCGCGGGGCACUGGGUGGCACCACCAGCUCCCAGGCUGCUGGCAGAAAUUGAGUAUUUGUAGCAGGAGUAAAUAUUUGAGUGACAUAUAAAUGUAAUAGUGCGUCGGAAGUGGGAUACAUGGUGUCACUGCUAUAUUAAAAGAGCCGGACAUGUCCUGGGG